GGAAUUUAAAAAAGGAUCCUUUUGAAGGCCCUUUCGCUUCUGAAGUGCAGCUACCCUCCUGCCCGGGAGCCGUGCUUGUGAGGCAGAGACUCCAGCGAAGGCUUGAUGCGAGGAGUUUUCUAUCCUAUGGAUAUCAGUUUUUGAGGAGCACACCCCAAGAAGCUCUGUAAUUGAUCUAGCACCAGAUCAUUUCAAUGCCUAACAUCGCCCGGGAUUGCUGGAGUACCCGCGGAGCUGCGUCGGACUGUACCCGGGGUAUGCCAUGGGCUGUAUCCAGAGUAUCAGCUGCAAAUCCAAAGUUUUCCGGGAGAGUAUUUCGGUGAUCGAAGUCAAAGCCUCCAUCGAUCCCAUCCCCACCAGCAUCGACGAGUCCUCCAGCGUGGUCCUGCGCUACCGCACCCCUCACUUCCGAGCCUCUGCGCAAGUGCUGGUGCCCCCUCUUCCCAAGAAGGAGACCUGGAUCGUGGGCUGGAUCCAGGCUUGCAGCCACAUGGAAUUUUACAAUCACUACGGGGAGCAGGGAAUGUCGAGUUGGGAGCUUCCAGAUCUCCUGGAGGGUAAAAUCCAGGCCAUCAGCGACUCAGAUGGAGUGAACUACCCCUGGUACGGAAACACCACCGAGACCUGCACCAUCGUGGGGCCCACCAAGAAGGAGUCCAAGUUCAACAUCAGCAUGAACGACAACUUCUACCCCAGCGUGACGUGGGCAGUGCCCGUCAGCGAGAGCAACGUGGCCAAACUCACCAGCAUCCACCGGGAUCAGAGCUUCACCACCUGGCUGGUGGCCACCAACACGGCCACCAACGAGAUGGUGACCCUGCAGACUAUCAAGUGGCGCAUGAGGCUGGGCAUCGAGGUCAACCCCAGCAGGCCCCUGGGGCAGCGUGCCAAGCUGCAGGAGCCCUCUGCUCAAGAGCAGCCCCAGGUCCUUAGCAAGAAUGAGCCAAUACCACCCAGUGCCCUUGUCAAACCCAAUGCCAACGAUGCUCAGGUACUCAUGUGGAGGCCAAAGGAUGGACCACCCCUUGUGGUGAUACCUCCGAAACAUCGAUGAUACCAACCUGGCAUCCUGGCAGCAAAAGGGAGACUAAAAACCACCCAACCACCCACCCACCCCUGAAUCAAACCAACCACUUAGGUGUUAGGAACACAGCUGUAAGCAGAGCAAGAGCAAAAUGCACUUUGUCUUCAUUCAACAAAUGCAACCAUUCUACCUUCUCCCACUGGGACGGAUUUCACUGUGCUAAAGCUCCAGAGGAGACCUUGGACUGGGAUCUGUCUCACCACUGGAUUCCCAAGGGAAGGAAUUUUACUCUGAUGUCUACCCAGAGAGCUUUUUUUUUUUAAUUUUAGUAUUUUAUGAUAUUGUUUUUUGGUGUUUUUUUUCCCUUUCUCCCCUCUCCUUCCUUCUUUUGUUUCCUGGUUUGAACUUCAGCCCCAUCAGCUUGUCCAGGCUGCCCAGAGCAAGGAAGAAGAUUUCAUUUGGAAUUUUAA